ACAGGAAGGCGAAGACGCAACGUCGAGGCGAACAACAAGCAUGGACCAGCGACUCGGAUCACCGGCUCUGAGGAAGACGAAGACGUCGAAACGUUAAGAAACAUCGCUAAUAAUGAUGAGUUUUUCGCGCUGAGGGAGACAAUUUUAGGCGAUCGGCCGACGUCUGUAUUUGGAUCGUCGUUACUGAACCGAGAAUGGGAGAUAGUCACGGUUCGCGAAAUGUGCCGUCGGCUUUCGCUCGACGAAGCCGAGCAAUUGGAGAUGCCGAUUCCAGAAGGAGCGUCCCAGUCGCAGAUUCUAGAUGAACUGAUGAUUCGGCAGAUCAUGGAAAUUCUUCCUCCUCGUGCUGAAGGCUACCCUUGGAUGAGCAUCUACAAUUCGGAAAAACAUGGUUUCUCGCUAACUACGCUUUAUAGGAAAAUGAUCGAAUUCGAUGAGGAUCUGUCGCCAGUGUUGCUGAUCAUUCGCGACACUCGUGAACAUGUGUUCGGCGCGGUUGUAUCCGGGGCAAUUCGUCCAUCCGACCACUACACAGGCACUGGGGAUUCAUCCCUUCUUUGGCGGUUCCUUGGAGAGGUUCCACAUACGAGAGAACUGCGACAUUAUAAGUGGACAGGCGAGAAUCAGUUUUUUGUCAACGCCGCGAAGGAUUCAUUGUCGAUCGGUGCCGGGGGUGGCCACUGCGGUCUGUGGCUAGAUGCCGACCUCAACCAUGGUCGAUCACAGCGUUGCGACACUUUCGAUAACGAGCCGCUGGCUGGCGAAAAGGAGGAUUUCAUUGUUCAGUUCAUCGAGGCUUUCGGUUUUCGUAUGUAA